AUGAUGAAGCCGUUACUUCUGAUUAGUAGGUGUCGGCCAAGGAUAAGGCGUUCAUUAGCAUCUCCUAGCAACGGUAUCUCUAUAAUAGAAAGGCGGUGCGUGUCUACAGAUCCCCGUCCUUUUGAAGUCUUGGAGAAUACUAAUUUUGACUUGGAAGACGGCGACAGUGAUGGCGACGAACCGCACAACAAGAAACGGUUGGAUAUAGCUAUUGUGGGGUAUCCGAAUGCGGGCAAGUCUCAGUUAUUGAAUGCUCUCUUGGGUACCAAAGUGGCGGCGGUCUCUCGCAAACGUCACACCACUCGCAAUGGAAUUUUGGGCGUCCGAACACAAGACUCGACGCAGUUGGUCUUUUGCGAUACCCCUGGCUUUAUGACCCACGUCAAUGACAAGGUGGGUCGAGAUCUGGCCAUGACGGCCAAAGGACACAUGAGAAACGUGGAUCAUUCCUUGGUAGUGAUUGAUGCCGCCAAGGCCAAACUGUCUCCGGAUUACACGGAUACCAUUCGGUCUCUAUUAUGGAAUGCCGCCUCUACCAAAUUCUCCAUUGUACUCAACAAGGUGGAUCUCGUCAAACCCAAAACAAAACUACUCGAUGCGGCGCAGGUAUUUGGAAGCAUGGCCGAUCAAAUGAUUCUCGAAAAAAUGAAACACGCAAAUCCCCAAUUGGCACAGCACCCCAAUCUACCCCACACUCCUCCGCCCGCAUUAAUGCCGGAAAUCUUUUAUACCAACGCCCGACAAGGUCAGAACGAUCCGGGAGUCCAAGAUGUGAUUCACCAUUUACAAUCGGUAGCCGACGACAUGGCGGAAUAUCGUGAUUGGUUCCUGCCGGAAGCACACAUGGUCACACCCAUGGAUUAUGCCGCACGGGUCGAAGAAAUUAUUCGCGAAAAACUCUACCGACAAUUGCAUCGCGAAGUGCCGCAUCAAAUUCUACAACGCAAUCGACAGUGUGAGUUGGUACGAAAUGAUACUGAUAGUACUGGCGGCGUCUUGGUGAUUCAUCAAGAUUUGCUCGUGCGCACCAAGGCGCAUUUGCAAUUGUUGCAAAAAAGUGGAGGUACCAAUCUACUGCGCAUUCACGAUGCGGCUGUACCCGAGCUGAGACGGCUGUUUCAAUGUGAAGUAUUGUUGACAUUGACGGCCAAACUCAUCACCAAGAAUCGAAGAUAA